GCUGAAUGGUGAAAAAUGAGUGUGUUUAAAAAGCAGUACCGUCCCUCUGCUGCAGCCUUUAGACGAUCAUUGUCGGAACAGGGGAGUGGAAGUACAAAAGUUGCGGCUAAUUUGAAGGAAUAUCAAUGGUACUACCAAAUGAAGAGUAAGAGGACACAUGAACAAGCAAUUUCAGACCUAGGAAAGUCACUUGGUGCAUACAGAUGGCAGACGCAUCCCAGGUUUCACUGGAAGGGGAGCAAGAGAGAGUUGUCUCACAGUCUUAAAUGGAAACAUAAUCAGCUAAGUCCUAUUGAAUGCCCUUUGAGGAUGGACAGUAGUGGUGCUGAUGAUCUCCAGGAAGACCCAGCAAGGAAGAUGAGCCAGGCAGAUAGUAUACCAUUUCGAGUUCCAUUCAGCAGGUCUAUGUCUGAGCCUGCCCCACACUGGAGAAAUAGAAGUGUAAAGCCAUUUCUGCAACCAGUGCGCUCAGUAGAUUGUGAGCAACAGGGAUAUUUCAUCCAUGAUAUCUUCUCUACGCUUUCAAGUGGCUUUUCUAAGAUGUUGACCCGAAAAGGGGAGCCCAGCACUGAGCCAGUGAAUGAAUGGAGGACGGACUGUAAUCAAAUUGAUUUGAAUACAGAUGUGAAAGGGCCACCUACACACAGACUGUCCUGUGGCCAGUCUCCCUACACUGAAACUACAACAUGGGAGAGAAAAUAUUGCAUCCUGACGGACAGUCAGCUGGUGCUGCUCAACAGGGAGAAGGAGAUGCCUGUGGAGGGGGUACAGGAGCAGCAGGCAGAAUCUACCAAAGGGCGGUGCCUGCGACGUACAGUAAGUGUCCCAUCUGAGGGUCAGUUUCCUGAAUAUCCACCAGAGGGAGCCACUAAGCUUGAGGUCCCAGCAGAGAGAUCUCCUCGCAGACGGAGCAUCUCAGGAACCAGCACAUCCGAGAAAACCAACUCCAUGGAUGCUUCAAACACCUCUCCUUUCAAAGUCCCAGGCUUCUUCAGCAAACGUCUGAAAGGCUCCAUCAAGAGGACAAAGAGCCAGUCAAAGCUGGACAGGAAUACAAGUUUCCGUCUUCCAUCUCUCCGCAACGCUGAUGACAGAUCUCGUGGACUGCCAAAGCUGAAAGAAUCUCGUUCACAUGAGUCUUUGCUGAGCCCAGGCAGCGCAGUGGAGGCAUUGGAUCUUGGGACUGAAGAGAAAGUUUUUGUCAAACCGCUUCACAGCAGUAUCCUUGGACAAGACUUCUGCUUUGAGGUAACCUACUCCAACGGCAGUAAAUGUUUCAGUUGCUCCUCUGCAGCGGAGAGAGACAAGUGGAUGGAAAACCUACGCAGGACAGUGCAGCCUAACAAGGACAACUGCCGUCGAGCUGAGAAUGUGCUCCGUCUCUGGAUCAUUGAGGCCAAGGACUUGGCCCCCAAGAAGAAAUACUUCUGUGAGCUGUGCCUUGACGACACUCUGUUUGCCCGCACCACCAGCAAAACAAAAGCAGACAACAUCUUCUGGGGCGAACACUUUGAGUUCUAUGGCCUCCCGCCCCUCCACAGUAUCACAGUUCACGUCUAUAAGGAUGUGGAGAAGAAGAAGAAAAAAGACAAGAAUAACUAUGUAGGACUGGUCAACAUUCCCAUGGCCAGCGUGACUGGCCGUCAGUUUGUGGAAAAGUGGUACCCAGUCAGCACACCUACGCCCAAUAAAGGGAAAUCAGGGGGACCUUCCAUUCGCAUCAAGUCCCGAUACCAGACCAUCACCAUCCUCCCCAUGGAACAGUACAAAGAAUUUGCAGAGUUUGUUACUAACAACUACACCAUGCUGUGCUCAGUGCUGGAGCCUGUGAUCAGUGUGAGGAACAAGGAGGAAAUGGCCUGUGCCUUGGUGCACAUUCUUCAGAGCACUGGCAGAGCCAAGGACUUCUUGACUGAUCUGGUGAUGUCUGAGGUAGAUCGCUGUGGGGAGCAUGAUGUUUUGAUCUUCAGGGAGAAUACGCUUGCCACCAAAGCCAUUGAGGAGUACCUAAAGCUGGUAGGACAGAAGUAUCUUCAUGAUGCACUUGGGGAAUUCAUCAAGGCUUUGUAUGAGUCAGAUGAGAACUGUGAAGUUGAUCCCAGCAAAUGUUCAUCCAGUGAAUUAACUGAUCAUCAGAGCAACCUGAAAAUGUGUUGUGAGCUGGCCUUUUGCAAGAUUAUCAACUCCUAUUGUGUGUUUCCUCGCGAGCUGAAAGAGGUGUUUGCAUCCUGGAAGCAGAAGUGCCUCAGUCGGGGCAAGCAGGACAUCAGUGAACGCCUGAUCAGCGCCUCACUCUUCCUCCGUUUCCUGUGUCCAGCUAUCAUGUCCCCUAGUCUCUUCAGUCUCAUGCAGGAGUAUCCUGAUGACCGGACAUCUCGCACUCUGACACUCAUUGCUAAAGUCAUUCAGAAUCUCGCCAAUUUUGCUAAGUUUGGUAAUAAAGAGGAGUACAUGGCCUUCAUGAAUGAUUUCCUGGAACAUGAAUGGGGAGGAAUGAAGCGCUUUCUACUGGAGAUCUCUAACCCAGACACCAUCUCAAACACCCCUGGGUUUGAAGGCUACAUUGACCUGGGCAGGGAGCUCUCAGUUUUGCACUCCCUAUUAUGGGAGGUUGUGUCCCAACUUGAUAAGGGUGAAAAUUCCUUCCUACAGGCGACCGUGGCAAAACUUGGACCCCUCCCUCGUAUUCUUGCUGAUAUCACCAAGUCAAUGACCAAUCCUACACCAAUACAGCAGCAGCUGCGGCGUUUCACCGAGCACAGUUCUAGUCCAAAUGUCAGUGGCAGUCUCUCCUCAGGGCUUCAGAAGAUAUUCGAGGACCCCACUGACGGUGACUCGCAUAAACUGAACUCUCCAACCCAGGAAAAUAUAGAUGGAUAUUUUCGAGGGAAAACCUUACUGUUGGUUCAGCAGGCAUCCACCCAGAGCAUGACUUACUCAGACAAGGAUGAGAGGGAGAGCACACUGCCCAAUGGACGUAGCGUCUCCCUCAUGGACUUGCAGGACCCCCACGCAACUCACAGUGAUCACACAUCUAUCCUGCACGAUGUGCCUUUGCGUCUGGCAGGCAGCCAGCUCUCUAUAGCACAGGUGGCCAACAUCAAACAACUGCGGGAGACUCAGAGCACACCGCAGAGCGCUCCCCAAGUAAGGAGACCGCUGCACCCAUCCUUGAAUCAGCAGGGCAGCCUCCAGCCCCUCUCCUUCCAAAACCCAGUUUACCAACUCAACAACCCUCCUCCACCAAUGCCAAAGGCCUCUGUGGAUUCCAGCUUGGAGAACUUAAGCACUGCCAGCUCCCGGAGCCAAAGUAACAGUGAAGACUUCAAACUCAGUGGACCCAGCAACAGCAGCAUGGAGGACUUCGCCAAACGCAGCACACAGAGUGAGGACUUUACCAGGCGGCACACUGUGCCAGACAAGCAUGUACCUAUGGCUCUGCCCCGCCAGAACAGCACUGGGCAGGCACAGAUCCGUAAAAUGGACCAGGUUGGGUUGGGUGCCAGGGCCAAAGCACCACAGUCCCUGCCACAUAGCGCUUCCUUGCGGAGCACAGGGAGCCUGUCGGCAGCUUCAGGUGCAAUGGUGACAGAGCCAGUUCAGAAUGGGAGCCGGUCGCGGCAGCAGUCCUCGUCCUCCAGAGAAAGCCCUGUCCCCAAAGUGAGGGCAAUUCAGCGGCAGCAGACGCAGCAGGUCCAGUCACCUGUGGACUCAGCCACAAUGUCACCAGUGGAAAGGACAGCUGCGUGGGUUCUGAAUAAUGGGCAGUAUGAAGAGGAAGAGGUGGAUACAGAGCAGCAUCAAGAUGAAGUAAAGCAUGCUGAGAAGUACGAGCAAGAGAUAGCAAAGCUGAAGGACCGUCUGAAAGUGUCAAGCCGCCGAUUGGAGGAGUAUGAGCGGCGUCUUCUGGUGCAGGAACAGCAAAUGCAGAAGCUGCUGAUGGAAUACAAGAUGAGGCUGGAAGACAGUGAGGAACAACUACGCAGGCAGCAGGAGGAGAAGGACAGUCAGAUGAAAAGCAUCAUUAGCAGGCUAAUGGCGGUCGAAGAGGAGCUGAAGAAGGAUCAUGCUGAGAUGCAAGCAGUCAUUGAUGCAAAGCAGAAAAUUAUUGAUGCACAGGAGAAGCGGAUCGUGUCUCUGGACUCAGCCAACACGCGGCUGAUGAGUGCCCUGACGCAGGUGAAGGAGCGCUACAGCAUGCAGGUCCGCAAUGGCAUCUCCCCCACCAACCCCACCAAGCUUUCCAUCACGGAGAAUGGUGAAUUCAAAAACAGCAGCUGCUAACAGGUUAAAUGCUGCUGGCCAUCUGCCCUGGGGCAGGGCAGAAGGAAGCAGACUCAAGAAAGCCAAACACAGACUCCUUACAGGUUUACAGAAUGCUGCUAAAAGAAAAACUCUGGAUGGGGAAAUAUAGCCCACCGUUUAGACCAGGAUAGUAAGGGCAAGGGCCCUCCAUAUCGCUGUGUAUAUACAUAGGGAGCCUGUUGUGGGCCGUGUACAGAAAAUGCCACUGUAAUAUACCAAAAGGAAGUCAACCAUGUAGAUUUUUUUUUAAUUAUUGCUAUUUUUAUUAUUAUUUUUUCCUCUUGUUCAAAGCACUGCAGUCCUUGGGGAGGAAGAAGAGGAAGAGAGAGGAAUGUGUGUGCGCAUGUCCGGUGUGGGUGAAGGCGUGAGCGAGCAAGAGAGACAGAAGCAGUUGGUUACUUAGAAGCUGUACAUAUUAGGGUGAUUGAUACAAGUACAUGGAGUGAAGUGAAAUAUUAGUUAAAUGAAUUAUAAAAGAGACUCAUCUGCCGAUUUUAACCUUCUCUUCCCCAGUUCUUUAACUGAAUACAACUCCACACCCAACCUUCACGCAGGAACACUGGAUCCUGUUGGCUUCUGUAUCUGCUAUUGCUAGGAUACAGGCAAAAGGCUAUUCCAGUCUCUCUGAGCAUACUGAGUAGGAACUCUUUAGAGCAGUAAGCCCAUCUCCUUGUGGUCUGCCCAAAGCCAGGCUUUCCACCUAAUAGACAAAGGGAAUUUGCAGUUUUAAAGGUGGGAUAUUUUUACCCCAGUUAUAGUAAGGUUUGAUUUUUCCUUUUUAGAGUUUACAGAACUGUAAAUACCUGUGUUUUUUGAACUUCAGUCCAAUUCCCAGUGUGCAUACAGUCCAUGGUCUCAAUGCAGUAACUAUACAAAUCUGUUCUCCACUCUCCAUUGGAAAUAAUCAGGUUAGUAUUCUAAGGAAAGGGCUAACCAAAGGGCACCCAGGCCCUGUGCAAUAGAUCAGUGAACGUAAAAUAAAACUUUCCUAGUUUGUUUAUUUUUAACUUUGUCUUGUUCAGUUUCACUUUCACCGUUUCACCCACUGGGUUAUCAGGUAUCACAACAUCAGAGAUGCUUUCUCCAGACUAUGCAUGAUUUUUUAACAUCUCCACCCCAUCCAAAUUAAAUUUGCCUUUCUAUUAAUGUUUUUUGAGUUCUGUACGUAUCCAGUUUUUUGCCUAAGUGAGUUUACAGCUGAACCUCAAUGUCCCCCAUAAUGUUGCACCUGCUUCCCACAGGAGCAAACUUUUGCAGGAUGUAAAUGAACGCUCAUCCUGAAAUUAUAAAGUGACCUUGUGGGAAGGAAGAUUUUGUAAUAUUACAUGCCAUACAAGAUUAACAGGAAUUACACAGUAUUGCCAACUCUCAUGGUUUUAUCAGAGGUCUCGGAAUACUUAGUGUGGGUUUUUUAAAGCCCCAGCUUCUGGAGUCAAAUGAUUGUGAGAAUCUUCACUUUCAGUUUGUAAACAAGUACAUUUUAGCUCUUGUUAUUGCAGAGAAAAACAAGAACCUGUGAAUCUUAAAGGCUCAACACAAAGCAAGUAAAAACUAGACCAAUUCAAAUUAGAAAUUAGGUACAGAUUUCCAGCAGUGAGGGUGAUGAAUCAUUGGAACAAGCUACCAAGGGAAGUGGUGGAUUGUCCAUCUCUUCAUGUCUUUAAAUCAAGAUUGGAUACCGCGUUGGAAGAUGCGCGUUAGUCAGACACCAGUUAUUGGACUCAAUCCAGGAGUAACUGGGUGAAAUUUGAGGGCCUGUGUUAUGCAGGAGGUCUGACUAAGUUAUCUGAUGGUCCAUUCUGGCCUUAAGCACUAUGAUUCUGUGAAAACUUUACUAUUUUAAAAAUCUUGGGAUUUCUAAGCCAAUCUCUUGACUUUUGGGGGCCUGAUUUGAAUUCUCUGACCACUCGGGUUUGGCAAUAUUGACAAUGACCUUAAUUCAGAAUCAUUUGUCCAAGUUUGUUUGCUGUUUAGAAAUGAAUUAGCCUAACUCUUUAGGCCGAAUCUAUUUCUUUGUUGUAAAGCGCAAUAUGUUAACUGUGCGAGUUAAAAGUUACUUCCAUUAAACAUACAUGCACACACAUAUAUGUACAUAUAUAACUAUGCACAAAAACAGAGAGACCAUAUCUCCUGUACUGUAGGACAUAUAAAGUAAAAGUGUAUGAAUCUGUUUUAGUAAGACCUUGGUAGAACACUUACCUGAAGUGAGUAAGAAUUUAUUUUUAAUGUUCUCUCAGCUCAAAGCUGCUUCCUCUGCCUAGUUCUCAAACAUGAUAGGUACUAAAGAGCAAGGAGAGGUCCUGCUUAAUGUUCUUAAAGCAGCACAGACAAGUUUAUGGAGGCUUCUGUGCUAAUGGGGCCAUGUAGUGGAUCUGCACAGUAGUGAUUUUUUUUUUUAAACUUUCCAAACAAUGUUUUCCAACUCUGGGUCAUUGUGACUCCUGCUAUUUUCUCCCUUGGAAGCUGUGCCUUUCACCCUCUCCUCCUAACCACAUACCAAGGCUGCAGUCAUAGUAACAGCUAUGGAUCCAUUUGUCUAUUGUGAGUAGCUCUCAUGUUUUUGCGAGAAGCUCUUGUCCAAUGAAACCCCCUUUAGCUCAGCGUUUUUGUGUGGCUUGGAGGCAGCGACUGCACGCCUCCCCCUGUGUUAUAUAACUGCACACAAAUUAAGUGAAGUUCACUAUAAUUACCCUAGAUUAUAUUCACCCAGCGGUGCUAUGCAAAAUCUUUUUCCCAAAAGCAGCCCUGUAAAUGGGUGUGUACUUUAAUCAUAUAGUAUAUACAGCAUGUGGUGUGGGUGGGUUUUUUCUCUGAAGUUCAAGAUUAAGGAGCAACUGAAUUCUUCGUCUAUGCAUUAUUUUGUGGGGGCUAGAAGAAGGUUUACAUGGAGAUACAGACUCCAGUCGAAAUGGCAUUCUAGUGGUGCUAGGCUAACGCUACUGAGGGAGAUGAGCUGACCAGAGCCUUAUGGUAAUCCAUGAACAAUCACUGCUUUGAUGUGUGAUUAGAUGGUGAAGGCUCUUGGGAAUGUAUUGUGCACUUGCCUUUGUGUAAGGUUCACACAGGCUUCUGCCGAGAAAUUCAGUAGGGACAGCAUCUUUCCAUGCAUAUCAUAUCAAAUCAUAAUCAAGUACAUGUAGCCUACUGGGGACCGUUGCACCACCAGAGUUGAUGGCAUCGUACCUGGCAUCAUAGAGUGAAGUUCCCUAUGCAUAGGAUAGAGUGCUUUUAAAUACAACUGCUCCUGGUUUUCAGAGGGGAUUCCCUAGCUGCUGAAAGGUUAUAUAAUGGGAUUGGCGAUAUCUUGAGUAAUGUAUACAUAUGUGCACAUCCUCCUGUGCUUUUCUUCAGUGUCACCCUGGAAAAGGCCACUGUUCUAGGGCUCAGUCAUUACAGCUUGUUGCUGUGAUGAUGUUUCUGUUGGUUUAUAAUUUCCUGCUCAGGUAAAGGUGGCAGCUGCACAAUAUUGUUAAGUGAAAGCGGAUCAAAUAUGGAGCAGAACAUUACACUUCUGUGUUCUGCUCCCCCUUUGUUUUAGAGCUGCUUUCUAGGGAGAGUUUCAUUUGUUAAGAGACUAGAGUAUGUGACAUUGCCGGCUUCUCUUCUGUCCAGUCUAAUCAAAUUCAAGUGGCAUUAAAACACACAGUAACAAGAAAAGAGCCUCAUGGUCCAUUUUAAUAUGAAUGGGACAAUAAACGUUUUCAGAUGAGCAGUCUAUACAUUUCUACAGGAAUGAGAGGAAAAAUAAAUAGAACAAAAUCUGAUGAUGAACUUUAUAGCUUUUUAGGGUUUUGGCUAGUAUAUUGACAAAUCACCUAAACGUAGUAGGCCAUGUGUAAUGCUAUUGUGGGAGACUGGCCACCUUCACUUGAGGACAGCAGAGGUAAUGUAGGAAGGCUUCUAGAAGUCUCUAGAACCCCUAUCUGUUUGUUCCCAACUUUGGGGUGCCUCCAUGAGUGCAUCUCUGUUGGGGAGGCAUUGGGACAGGGCUGCUAAGGGAAAAGGAAGGCGAGGAUUCCUUAUCCCAAGCUCUCUAGUGCCAUCAGUUUCUAUUAAGCAUCACAGUUUGUGGUUAAACAUUAUUUUGACUUUAAGGAAUGGCUCUUGCCAUCUGAUUCUCCAAGCCUCAACCUAAAACUGUAGCUUUCCACUGUCUGUGACUUUCACUAAAUCUAAUUUCCUCACCCUUCAUCUGAGCUGUGCUGAGUGAGAGAGGGAGUUUACAAUAUACCUUUGCAUUCUCAACAGUUAUCACAGUGACACACAGGCCUCAGGCCAACAGACCUCUCUGUGGCCAGCCAUUGACUGUGUGCGUGUGGUGCUAUUUCUUGCCCCUACUCCUUGACAGAGAGAGUCCAGAAGCACUACUUGUAUCCCGGUGUGAUGGGGCUAACCGUGACUUUGGGGAUUAGGUGCUUGCUGGCCAGAUCCAUGACUCUUGCUUUAUGGUGGUCCCUCAAAAAAGACAAAUGAACUGAGAGACCCUUUCCUAUACCAGCCAGUUGGAUUUCUGAAUUUUAAAUAAAAACUCUUGACCUGCUUGUGGUGUUGCAGUUAAGCACAAUAGCAUGUGUUGUGCUCUGGCGAUUUGUCAAAUUCUGAAUGCUAUAUGUUGCAUUGAUGAGGGACAAAAGUAAUCACACUGGCAAGAGAAGCAGUAAAUAUCUUAGGACAGGAGGAGAAGCUAAGGAUGAGUGAAUGGCUUAAAUGUGGCCUAAUCUAAAGGACCCUUCUUUGCAACACAGGGAAUUCAGGUCCUAAAGAAGGAAAAGGGGUGGGAGUUGGAGUCACUAAGCAUCUACUGUUUUUUCUUCAGUGUAUAGAAAUGGGUAUUCAUGUAUAUAAAUACAUACCUAGCUGCACAUUUCAAACAUUCUGUCUUAGAAACCCUCUCAUAUCAUGAGAGAGCCCCAAGGAGGGUGGAGAGAGAUGUGCAUAUUUCCUAGCUGGUGGACAUAGGUUGUGUUCUGUGGUUGGAUAACCUCUAUAUUCGGCCAUCCCAGAAUGUUUUUCUUUUACAUUGUUGCAAAUGCUUUGGCUUUUUUUUUUUUUUUUUACCUUUUGCAUUAAUUUCAUACUCUACUGCUAGUUCAAACCACCAGCUUUUAACUAACCAAUGGGUCAGUGAUUUAACAGUGGUGUAUGUUAGCCAUAUUCAUUUGCUGAGUGACCAAUGUGAUGUAUGUACAAAUCCUAUUUAUGUGUUCUGUAAAAAUGUCUACAUCACUCUUGGGGAACAAUUCAUGUUUAAACCAUUACAUGUAUAUUUAUAUUGUUGAUUAACAUUAACCAAAUAGGACAUUAUCUGGACAACCACUAUUCUCCAACAGUGUGUGAUAGAUUUAAAUGGUUAAAUUUAGGUUGAUGCUUUUAGACACUUCCUUCCCUACAUUAAAUUAGUUCCCAUGAGAGAGAGAGAGAAUGUCAUUGUGAAUCACUCCUGCCAGGAAUCCUACCUGUACAAAAAUAGAUUUUCUAUCUCAAGGGCCUUAAUGAGAGUGUUACUACACAGGACUAUUUUACAAUGAUAGCUCUAAAUAAUUUAUUUUUUAGUUCAACAAAUUACACCUUUAAAAAAGUAAUAAAGUUGGUUUUCAAAACCAUAUUUUUAUGCUAGUAGCACUGGACUGUUCAGUCUCUGAGCUCCAUCUCUGCAUUUCAUUGCCUGGGUUUGUUCUAAAGAAGAUUUAUUUUUGUUCUGUGAAUAAUUUUUCCAAGGUUCUUGUAUAUGUACAGAUAUAGAUACAUUUGAGGUCUUUUAUUGAUAUUCCUACAAAGAAUACAAAUAAACUUUAACUUUAAACAGUCUGGACUCAAUCUGCCUGCAUUGAUUAAAAUCUUACUGCUCUCA